CAACAGCUCGGUGCAUCCCCGAUUAACAGCGUUACUUUUUUUCUCUGGAGAUCAGGAUCUUGAUUUUUUCCGUCGAUCUCUCAGCCGGCAUCAGUGUCAUACAAUUGCCGGCGGGGUCUGCAAUUCUGAAAUAUUCUCGGUCCGAUAGCGUGGAAUAAUGGCUCCAGUUUCGGCUCUGGCCAAGUACAAGCUGGUAUUCUUGGGUGAUCAGUCUGUGGGUAAAACCAGUAUCAUCACUCGCUUCAUGUACGAUAAGUUCGACAAUACUUAUCAGGGAGUAACUCGCCUGCUUAGAAUUCCGUUAGAGAAUUUGGAUGGUGAUUCGCAGUUUUCUAGGUACUCAAGCCUAAUGAUUCGAAGGCUACCAUUGGUAUUGAUUUUCUCUCAAAGACGAUGUACCUUGAAGAUAGAACUGUUAGAUUGCAGCUAUGGUGAGGACAAGGAGUUCGUACUUCAAAACUUGAGUCUUUCUUGGUUAGAGAGAAAGCAACUUCGGAUGCUUAUUUUAGUGGACGUUCUUCAAAAUGAGAAAAUUUAUAUUUACAGGGACACUGCAGGACAGGAACGGUUCAGGAGCCUCAUUCCAAGCUAUAUAAGGGAUUCCUCUGUGGCAGUCAUUGUUUAUGAUGUUGCAAGUAGGCAUUCAUUUAUGAACACAUCUAAGUGGAUCGAAGAGGUGCGUACUGAGCGGGGAAGCGAUGUUAUUAUUGUAUUGGUUGGAAACAAGACUGAUCUUGUAGACAAAAGGCAAGUCUCGGUAGAGGAAGGAGAAGCUAAAGCUCGUGAGCUGAAUGUCAUGUUUAUUGAAACCAGCGCUAAGGCAGGCUUUAAUAUUAAGGCCCUGUUUAGAAAGAUUGCAGCAGCACUGCCAGGGAUGGAAACACUUUCAUCAACAAAGCAAGAAGAUAUGGUUGAUGUGAAUCUUAAGUCCUCAAAUACGAAUGCAUCCCAGGCCCAAGGCCAGUCAGGAGGAUGUGCUUGUUGAGGUACUGGUUUUGUAUGGCUGGUGGUCGUUAUUCAGUCUCUGUAAAGCACCCAGAAGCUUGUGCUCCCCAUUUUGUUUCCUCCUAUUAUUUAAUAUAUAUAUUGCGGUUGUGUUCUGCUUUUUUUGUGCUCGAACUUCUUACUACUAGCGAUUAGUGUUAUCAAAUUAAGGACAGUUUGCUGUUCAGGUUAUACGUUUACGAAGAUAAGAAGGCUUUCUAGUCAAUAAUGUUGUUUUGUUUUGCUUAUUGUAUGUAAGGUUGGACUCUUUUCCUGAUAGAACCCUGAUCUCAAUCUCAGCGGGGUUGGGUUAAAGGGGUCGGGUUAAAGAAUUGGGAAUGAGAGAUCAAUUAGGGAUGGAUCUUCCUAGGGAUUGGAAAAGAGGUUUGGGAAUUAGAAUUGAAAGAAGAAACCGAGGAAGAAGAGGGGAGGGUGGCGGUAGCCAAGAAAGAGAGAAAAUAGGUUUAGGG